CUCUCUCUCCGCCCCCGCCCUCUCUCUCUCUCCAUCUCUCUCUCUGUGCCUACAGGGACGCAUGCGGCUGGAGCAGAGUCCCGGCGUCUCCUGGAGCUCAACCAACCAUCCCAACGCAGGCGGUCGGUGUGUUCCUCCCCCCUCUCUGUGAGGCUUCCCGUCGGCACGCGGCGGAAAGAGCAGACGGCUGUCCCCGCGCUGCGCCGCCGACCGGCAGGAAAGCAGCGUGCCAGAUGGAUCUGCGCUGUGCUGCUGCGUCGCAUCUCCCAAAGUGAGAGGACUUGCGCUGUAAAUGUGCGUCCAGUUCUGCUUCACAAACUUGGACCGUUGCCUCUGUUCGUGGCGGACAAAAUCCAGGCUCCUCUCCAGGUCUGCAAACCUCUGUCACUGCUGACUAACGACCGUGUAGACGCUGGUGUGACACCAUAAAGGGACUUCACAGCCCAGAACUAUUUCCAAACUAUAACUUAAUAAACUUUUUCUGUGCGGACUGAUUUUUGCCCGAUCUAUGUGGAAAAAGUGCGCUUGGAAAAACUGGACCUCUUUAAUUUAUCUAUUUUUUUCCCCCCUGGACUAAUCUGAUCCAAGUGAGAUCCAAGAGAGGGAUGCGCAAGCGAAUAUGAUGCUCAGCUCUCUUACUUUCUGCCAAUGAUGAUAGGGAGCCAAAUGGGACUUUAAACUAUGUGGAGUCAUUCCUGAGGAUUGAGUCGCUGCUCUCCGCGGGUGCAUGGAGAACAGCAGCCCGAAGAUGACGGGCGGAAUCCGGGAGGCACCCGUGAACUCUUCCCCGGCGGUGGCGUCCAACGCGGAGGGCGAGGAGAUCGAGGUUUUGGAAAGCACCGACGUCCUCCCCGUGGCUCCAGAGGACCAAUGGAAGUCUCUCUUUGACAAGUAUGACCCAGAGAAUUCGGGCUUCAUCAGUACGGAGCGGUUCAGGGACCUGCUGGCAACCCACGGCUCUGAGCUUGACCCACACAAACUGGAAGUCCUACUGGCCCUCGCCGAUGGCAACGCCGAUGGAAAAAUCUGCUACCAAGACUUUGUCAACCUGGUGACGAGCGGUUUUCAGCUGAGAAUGAGUAACAAGCGCUCCAACAGUUUCCGGAGGGCCAUCCUGCAGGGGAGCAGGCAGCUGAAAGGCUGCAGUCUCAGAGAUGAGGCGGGCUUGGGCCUGUCCCAAAGGCUGGUCCGACACGUCGCCUACGAGACGCUGCCCCGAGAGGGUGACCGCAAGUGGUACUUUGACAGCUAUACCUACUGUCCCCCACCAUGGCUCAUCCUGGCCAUCACCAUUGCUGAGGUGGCCGUGUUCAUGUAUUACGGGUUCCAGCUGGACCGUUUGGUCCUGCAGGUGUCCAGCCCGUCCUUCCUAAAGAGCCCUUUACCCUACCACCCCCAGCUCCGAGCCCAGGCCUGGAGGUACCUCAGCUACAUUUUCAUGCACACUGGGAUUGAACACCUGAGCCUGAACAUGGCCAUGCAGCUGCUGGUGGGAGUCCCUCUAGAAAUGGUCCACGGAGCCCUGCGGAUCGGACUGGUCUAUGUGUGUGGUGUGCUGGCAGGAUCUCUAGCGGUGUCUGUCACUGAUAUGACAGCUCCAGUGGUCGGCUCAUCUGGUGGAGUGUACGCUCUGGUCUCAGCACAUUUGGCCAAUGUCGUAAUGAAUUGGUCGGGGAUGAAGUGUCAGUUUAAGUUAUUCCGGAUGGCCAUGGCUCUAGUUUGCAUGAGUGUAGAGUUUGGUCGGGCGGUAUGGCUGCGCUUCUAUCCUCCGGCCUUUCCUCCGUGCCCCAAUCCCAGCUUUGUAGCUCACCUGGGAGGAGUGGUAGUUGGCCUGACGCUGGGCGUGGUAGUCCUGCAGAAUUACGAGCAGCGACUCCAGGAGCAGUCCCUGUUUUGGAUCUUUUUCUGUGUCUACACCUUGUUUGUGCUCUGCGCCGUCUUCUGGAACAUCUUUGCCUACAGCUUGCUUGAUGUGCGACUGCCUCCACCACCCUGACUUGCUUAUUAGAGGCAGACUAGACACUGUAGCCCCUUUAUUCCUCCACUGGUAGAUGCCUGACAACCUGGCUAGAUGAGUCACCUCAGUCCUCAUUUUCUGAGCCUCUUCGUGCGGUGAUCAGAGAGUCUGGCAGCCGCCCUCAUCCUACAUCCAAGUGCUCUGAAACAGGGAUGCACCUGACAUGCAGCAACACUUGCUGGCGGUCUUGUCAUACCCUUUUCAGCCCACCUGCUCCCUUCGCAGGUUAAGCCUCGCAAUUACCGCUUACCAUACAACCUAACCUUCAUCUGCUCUUUGUCUACAUCUCUCCUGGACGUGUGUCUCAAGAGUAUCAGACAGUUUGUUGACGACACUGUGUUGACAAAUGAGAAGCCUCGGAUCUAACGCAGCAGGAGCAGUCCUGUCCACAUGGCUUAACCUUCUCUGCCUCUUCCUCCUCAGUCCAAUGGUGCCUUCUCAUGGAGACGUCAGCCUGAUGAAAGUAUGUCUGCACAGCUGCCUCUUGUUUGGGGUGAUGGCAGUGAAACCCUGCAGUAUAAAACCAUUUUCAGCAAGAGGAGUUCCUGAAAAUCCUGUAAUCUGCCCUGCGCCCUUAUCAUCAGUAAAUGAAGACUAAGGUUAUAUGAGAAUUUAGGCUUUAGUUGGUGUUUUGUCAUCAUUACGAGCAGCUCAUAAGCAUGAGGGGUUUAGAUUAAACCGACAGCAGGAUAGCUAAACCUCUCUACUUUGUAGGGAGCAUGGAGUGUGUAUAGGCUGCAGCAACCCUCAGAAGUCAUUAGGAAUUUACCUUUGAAGGAAAGUGUGGGUGAAUAUUCAGUGUUGCCUUUAGCAUUUGGCACUUCCCCAGAGAAGGAUUAAUUUGUGUUCAGCACUAUUUGAACCUCAAACUUCUGUCUUUUGACUUUUCUUUGCGUGCGAGUAGUGUGACAAUUGCACCAUUGUGCGUACAGAUAAAAAAAAAAGAAGACGCAGAAGUGCCAUUCAGACUUUUAAACUUUCAGAAAUGAUGCCAAAACAUUGCUACAAGCACUGAAGGGAAAGAGCACAUCCCCUGACAAGAACUGCUUUUGUGCAAGCAAAAAUGAAUCUAAUUUUGUCUGUAAGCGGUUGGUAAGUAACAGAAAAUGUUCAAGAACUCAAAAGAAUUUCUCACUGACACCUUUGGGUCAACCCAGAAAUGCAGGUGACUUGUUAUUUUAUUGUCCCCUCUGGGCAUGUGCAGUGAGUGAUUUUUCAGGGGUGGACUGAAUCACACAACUUGGACUUGAGUCACAAAUUUGGCUCAAUUGACAAAAUCAAAAAAGACUUGCAACCCCAUUUAAACUUAACACCAGUGACUUCACUCGGACUUGAGCCUUUUGACUUGAAAAUACUUAAUAUCCUUCCCCAAGCCAAUCUGGGACAUUUUUAUGGCUCGGUGCUGGUGAUAGU